CGCACCGUGGCUAUGGCAUAUGACGGCUAUCAACGCAGAUGUUGGAUGCGGGGAACGGAUACGAUAAGGUAUCUCUUCCUUGUCGUCCAAGUGGAUAAUAGCGUUUUGUUUGAUGGGAUCCAUGGGAGGUAACUCUCCCCCCCGCACUCUGUCUGGCUCGACACAACUCUUGACCCUGUCACCGUCCCAGAGCGCAAUGUCCAGGUCCGAGAUGAGGGAGACAGCUGUUGUCUGAAGACACCUAUGGCUCGCAAGAAACGCCCCUAUGUACCUAAAAUCAAGGGAUGCUACGAAUGCUCCCAGCGCCGCAUCGAUUGUGACGGGACUAGGCCGAGAUGCAUCAAGUGCAGUGUGCGAGGCAUCGCUUGCAGCGGAUUCGGUCUGAGGUAUAAGUUCCUCGACGGCUUCUCAUCAAGACGCACUUCCUCGUCAACGGGCGUUCGGGGUGCUCUGCUCACGGGCGCUGUCGUUGAACCAUCAGCCAAAACAUCUAUAAGAGCAAGGCCAAGCUCUUAUCGGAAAACGCCUGAUCAGAGUAGAGACCUUCAAAGUAUAUGGGAUGAAGUUUACUGGAACACGGCGGAUUACGGGCCUGAUGAAGGUGUUCAAGGAGGUGACCCCCAGACCACAACUGACGAUGAUGAUGCCAUUACCAACCAGCGCAUCGGUCACAACACGGAAGAUAUCGACAGACUUCUUGACGAGUACCGAGACGGAACCGACGAUACUUGUUCGUCUUUGGUGAUCCAGGCGGCCGGUGACCUAGGCACAGAUUGGAGGGCGGCCAGGCCAGUGAACUUGCAUCUGCUGGAACCAUGGAAAGAGUUCUUACUCACGCAUUUCUCCGAGGCCAUCGCCCCGGAAAUGGUCGUCAUCGACGACCGCUAUAACGGCUGGAGACACCUGAUCCUGCCCGUCGCCCGAUCCGACGACAUGGUCAUGGCCGCCGUGUUGGCCGCCUCGGCAUUCCACGUCUCCGCGAGGGCCGCCGCCGGGCGGCCGGUCAUCGACCCCGAGAGGCUCUACGCCCGCGCGAUCGGCCGGCUGUCGGACCGAAGGGACCUGGCGGGGCGGGACGCCGGAGCGAGGCAGCUCGUGAUCCUGGCCAUCGUCGUGCUCCUUGUGUCCGUCAUGGUCAACGGGCUCUCGGACUUCCCCAUCGUCUUCCAGAUGCUCGAGUCGGCCAUCGACGCGGUCGGGGGCGAAGAGGUCCUGGCUGACGGGGAAGAGCUGGGAGGAUUCCUGCGGCGGCAGAUCCGCAAGAUGCGAGUCUACGCCGCGCCGCUGGUCAGCGAGGCCGCCGGGGUCGACGCCAUCGUAUAUCAUGCCCGGGGGAGCUUCGACUGCCUGUACUACUACCACAGCCUGUACCCUAGCCACCGCCUCACGUUCGACCUCAUAGCCGGCGUCCGCCAGCAAGCGUUCGACAUGUACCUGCGCCGGGCGCUGCCGGACGACAGCGAGGUGAGGCCGGCUGCGUCCCCGGACGAGCCGAUCCAGUCGUUCCGCAGGAGCCUGGAAUCCUUCCCCGAGGGGGCCCUCGGGGAGCACAUCCUCGUCUGGCCGACCUUCAUCGCCGCCCUGGAGUGCCGCACCCGGGAGCAGCGGCUGUUUUUCGAGCAAUUCCUCUUGAGGCAGUAUCACCGGAACAAGUUCAUGAACAUCCCGUUGGCCUUGAAGUUCUUGGAAGGGGUUUGGUCGCAGGAGGAGAGAGAAAAUUGGCCGUCGCUGAUCCCUCAACUGCGGGUAUUCAUCAUGUGAGAUUCUUGUAAGUUUUGUCCGGCUAGGUUACUUGGCUUUGGUGGUGGAUGGAAACCCGGAUCAUGAC